AUGUCAGCAAGGCGCAACCGCCAUGCGUCUUACAAAACUGACGGCUUGUGCCUUGUAAGUUAUAAGAACAUUGUUACUAUACUAUACCAAAAUCAGGUGAAAGGUCUUGAAAUUUUGACCAAAGAUGGACAGUGGAUCAAUGUUGAUCCUACACCUGACACUUUCGCUAUCAUGAUUGGAGACUCUCUACAUGCAUGGACAAAUGGUCGGAUGCAUGCACCAUUUCAUAGAGUGAUGAUGAGAGGAAACGAAGCAAGGUAUUCAAUUGGUUUGUUAUCAAUACCUAAAGGUGGAUACAUAAUAAAGGCACCAAAAGAGUUGGUAGAUGAAGAUCAUCCUUUACUCUUUAAGCCCUUUGAUUAUCAUGAAUUCCUUGCUUUUGGCUACACUGAAAAAGACAUGAAAUGUGAUUUUGCUUUGAAGGCCUAUUGUGGAGUCUGAAUUUAAUUAACUUGAUUAUAUUUACUAGUAGACUAAAUAAAUAUGCUCCUUGUGAGUA